UGUUGUGGGGAAGACUGUGGCCUGGUCCUUGUUGUGUUGUGUUUUGAAGCUUUUUUCAGUGUUUUUUCUGCUGUGGUUCUCGUCAUCACUCACUGAUGUGGGCGGUACAUCUAGUGGGCGUGGUGGUGGUGGUGGUGGGUGGCACUGUACUCACCACUGGUACUCAGGCUGCUAACCUCCAUAACGGAAAUGUGGGGCGGCAGUUCUAUGGUGGCCAGGGAAACAAUUUAGGUUAUGGCUACAACAACAACAAUGUGCAACAACAACAACAACUACAACAACUACAACAACAGCAACUACAACAACAGCAACUACAACAACAGCAACUACAACAACAGCAACUACAACAACAGCUACCACAACAACAGCAACCACAACAACAAGCCAACAACAAUGGGUACCAGGUUACAACAGAUUUCAACUCCCUCAUGCAACAGUAUGGACUCAACCCUGCCAGCUACUAUGACCGUGACAGUAGCUAUGCCAGCAUCCCUGACUAUGGUCAAGAGUCUUAUGCACCCAUGGCAGCCUAUGGUACAGGAGGAGUGGCUGUGGAGAACCCUGAGUCCUCACCAGCCCUGUCAGCUCUGGCCCUCCUUGGGUUCCUCUAUUUCCUCAAUCUCAUCCAGGAUGUGCUGCAGAAUAACAAUGGCCGACGGCGACGAUCCCUGCAACUUGGACAGGAUCAUCUGGAGGAGGAAGAGGAGGAGGGACACUACUCUACUUCAUAUCUUGAGGAAGAGCAGUUACCGGAGGACCUUCACCAAGAGCAGCCUGAGCCCAAUGGUGUUGUUCAGCAUUCUGGUGAAGAAGGGGAAGCUGAAGCACGGCAGGACAGAAUGGUGAAAGUUUCCGAGGCUACUCCUCGUAGCUUUUCCUUCCUUGAGAAUUUCUUUAUAAAGCUUCCUCAGGCACUUGGAAUAAGAAGGUCUAAGCAACCUGUGGAACGAGAUGGUCGAGAUGAAAAUCCUAUGGGGAUGGGCGGCUUCAUCACUACUAGAUUGAAGAUGAUCUCCUCCAUAAUGAGCUUCCUUCAGAACCCCAGUCCAUCUAGAGUUCGCCGCACAAUACAAGACUUUGACUUGGUAGGAUCAGCGGUGGAAGAGGAGGGUGCAGGAAACUGGUUAUCUUCAUCAAUUAAAUCCAUCCAACCACUUGUAAGAGAGGCCUUGCAAGAAUACACCAAACCGAGAGACCAUUCUACUUGGGCCAGGAACCAGUCACCACAGAGAGAGAGCCAAGUUGAGACUUCCCUAUCUGGUGAUCAGUUGAACACGACAGAUAGUGACACCAUAGCCCUAGACAGUCGUAAGAAGCGGCACACAUACACUAUGAAUGCUUGGUAUGGGGAUCUGAAGGGCCACAACGUAGAGGUACCAUCAGGUGUGGGAGGUUUGGCUGCCAAGGUAAUAUCUUUGUUGGGUGGUGGAGAUGAACUGCAGGAGGCUGUGAAGAAAGAUGCUGUGCCAACUUUUGUAGAUCUUAGUCAAAGCUUGGUUGGGGCCCAUCCACACUGCCUGCAGCGUGCCCUGUGUCACAUGAACUCUCACUCUAAGGAACUUUCCUUUAUGCCACGUUUGGCCAUGCAGCUCCUCAGCACCAAUCUAGCAGAGAUCGCCACAUCAGUAUCCACAGCUGACGAUAACUACCAAGCCAUUAAAGCUGGGCAGCGAGGUGAGGACUGUAAUGAGUCCUUCAUUGAUUGUGAAUCCUGGAACACUUCUGGGAAAGAUUAAAUUUUUAUUAUGUUACCAAAGAAUACAUUAUGUACCUAUGUUGUAAGUAGGAUGUAGUCAAGUUACAUUAACUUAAUGAUGUUGACAGACAGUACAGGUUCAUUAUACACUCUGCAUAUGUAAUGUACUGUGUAUUACUAUUUAACAUUAAGACUCUUGGGCAUAUAAUUAAUACACAAGGUCAAUAGAACUUUAUAGGGAUAACCUUCCAAUGAAAGUCUUAAAGCACAACUGAUGUAUUGGCUAUAGGAACAACUUCUUGUUUUUUCUUCAUAACUUAAUAUGGAUAUUAAUGCGUGUGGUUAAAUUUGUGCUGUUUUAUUUAACACGUUAUUUACAAUCACACUUGACCAAACUAUAGUUGGCACUCUAUAUAUGAUUACAUUCUUGAAAUAUACUAUCCAAAACAAGUCAGGAUAUUACACGAACAUAGAUUGGCUAAAUUAAGCUCAUAAUAAAUUAGUUCAAGUUAAAUUAUCAUACUGGUCUUAUGAUAUACUUUUAGUACAGUAAAUUCAGAUCUUGUUUAUUUAAAGUGUUAUUAGAUGUAGUUAAGAUUCUAGAUUAUAGAAGCUUUCAGAAUCACCGAGAUUUUCUAAGGUUCCUGAGUCCUGACCUAUGUGUAUGUGGCAUGGAUGGCCUUGUGUUGUAUGAGAUAAAGUGGAUGUGUACAGUAUACCAUAUAUACUCGAGUACAGUUUGAGUUUUUAUGAUAGCAAUUUUAUGCAGAAAGUAAGGCAUUGAAUUACUCUAUAUGUGCAUAGUAUUUCUGAGGGGUUAAAAUUAAUUUAUUUCCGAGGCUGGGGUGAACAAUAGCUACCCGGGACACACUCGAGGUAAGCUAACCUGAGGUGUUAUACAGUAGUUCUUUUCAACUCUUAAUUUCAAAUAACCGUCUUCACUUUAAUGGUUGCAUCCUCAGUCAUCACAGGGAGCUUGACAGCUAUACAGUCCUCGUUUGACGAUGCCCCCGACAAAGUUGUUUCAUUAUAACGCCGCUACUCUUUCGAUACCCAUGAUUCCGACAACGUCCCGACUGAUUCGUUAUAACGUCGUCACGGAAAACUUUGUAUGGCGCAUCACCAUCUCUCAUCUUGGCGUGCUACGCUCUCUCGGCGUCACCAGUCUUUGUUAGGCUUCCACAGCAUAUGUGCGUGUUAAAGUGUUUUUGCUCUAAAUACAGUACUGUAACCAUUCAAAAUGGUUUUCAAGCGUCCAUCAAGUGCUAGUGUUGUGUAGAAGCAACACAAGACCAUUAGCCUCGUUACGAAAAUGGAGAAUUUAAACCCUCCAGGUCUCGGUGACUCACCACCCUCCUCCACUCCACCACCCACCACACACUUGCUCCACCUCUGCCCAUCAGUGAGUACAAU